GUUCGAUGUUCAGACACUAUUCAACUGCUGCUGAAGCGACCGCGAUCCAAGCUUGACCAUGGAUGAAUUUGCUGAGGCACGCGCAGCGCUGGUCACUUUGGAGAAACGAAAACAGGGACUCAUCGCGGAGCUCAAUGAUGUCCACGCUGCCAUUCGUUCGCAGAGGAACAAACUCGAGGAACUUAUCAGGCGGUUGCCUGUUUCCCCUAUCAAUCGCCUCCCCGACGAGAUUCUUUUGCGAAUUUUCGAGUUAAUCUUAAUCUUUGGAACCGCACGUACGGAGGACAAGAAUUGUUGCGUGCGUUGGAAAGGACAGCUGGUAGAAGUGUCUCGGCAGUGGAGAAAUGUGAUCUUGCAUUCGCCAUGUCUGUGGACUACCAUCAGAGUGUCCCCGUCGUGGAACACAGCGCGCAUCGAGGCCCACAUCAUGCGGAGCUCUAAAUCACCGCUGGACAUCGAAAUCUCUCCUUGGAGAAAUUCUUACGUGCUCAAAGACCGACCGCUUCUACGACGGCUCGAACUCGUUGUUCCUUGUGCAGAACGCUGGCGCAGCCUCACUAUAUCCUCGGUUGUAUCAUCCUCAACGUUCCGGGUCUUGCAAAGAUUGGAUCAUUUGUCCCUGCCUUCGUUAACAUCCGUUUGGAUCGAACGUUUCCCUUGUUGCGAACCAGGAAAGUUUGAUCUCCCAUUCCUUCAGCCCCAGCGCACUCCCCUUAUAGAAAAAAUAUUCAUUUCUGGGGACAUUGGAAUGCUAAAGGGCCGCGAGAUACCUUCUAGCGUGAAGACGCUGGCCGUGGAAUCGACCUCUCUGCGUUGGAAAAUCACCUCUGCGCUACUUCUUGAAUUCGUGCCCUGUCAGAGACUGACCUCUCUGUGUCUUGGUAAUUUCACCAAUUCCGAGGAAUUGCCUCCCAAUAGUAUCCAACUCCCUCUGCUCGAAAAGUUUGUAUCCAGAGGUGGAGUCUCAGCCGCGCUGAUAUGCGCCAUCGUGGCGCCUAGACUCAAACACUUUGAAUGUCACGAGCUCAGCGCAUAUCCGUCUCUACAUGACCGUUUCGUGGCCGUUGGUGGCAAAUUUAGCAACGUUGACCAUCUGGAGUUGCAUGCCGGGUCUCAACGGUCUCAACGAUAUAAACCCCCAUCACAGUCCCUACGUUUGGCAUUUCCUGGUGUGCGUCACUUGGUACUCUCAAGAGUGGACGCAAUUGCAAUUCUUCCUUCUGCAGAGGACCCAGGCACGGUUUUCCACUGGCAACACCUUGAAAGCCUAACUAGCAUCGGAUAUCCGGAGGAGGAGGUGGAGGAGAAGGAGAAGAAGGCCUUUAUCGAUAAUUUGGCCAACUGCCUUAGGCGGCGACAAGAAGCCGGUCAAUCAAAGCUCCGAUUAACCUUUCCAAUGCCCUUUUCAGUCGAAAGAUUUUUAUUCGUGUAUGAGCAGCUCAAUGAUUUGUGUAUUUUGGAAUGCGCGUAUAACACCCACGAUAUCACUCUCUCCGGGGUGACCAGUAGCAAGCCGUGGUUGGUGCGUACCUCAUCCAUGUAUACUUGUUGAGCGUGCCGAUGCUGAACAUUCCCUCCCCAAUAGGAUGUGUCAUUCAGCCAACCUUACAUUUUGGAUGCCCUCCGGGACGCCGUGAUGGCGGGAUGCAUUCGAACAAACGGAAGGGGUUGAUUGUGGUGGCACCGCUAUAUGUUGCUCGUGUCUCGUAGAACAGUUGCGCCUUGUACAGCUUUUUGUUGA